CGUACCUCGCUGGAGGAGAACAGACGAGAUAGGUAAACCAGAAAAAAAGGAGGAGAACGGGGAAUAUGUGCUGACAUCUGAGGUAGGAACAUCAUCUGAGUUUGACAAGCACCUCCUGCGGCGAUACAGAACAGAUUUCUUGAGUGCUUUCAUGGUUAUAUACUCAACUGGUGCUGAUUAACCAAAACCUUGAUGAUGCACUGAUUCUACACCAUGGCCCAGGAGGCUCUGUGGAAAUACCCACAAUCCUCAGCUCCCUGAUUUACAUUGGCAGUGCCUCCGGCUCAACGAGAAAACCUUUGCAAGCCAUGAUGUCAGUCUGCGUGCCCUCACCACAUAACUCCUCCCCCUCUGUGGACGUAGCUAAUUGCAAUGGACCCUCUGCAACUCCGCCCACAUCCCUUAGCCUGCGUUCCUCACACAAUCAACUGCUUAGUGGUGAUGUCAUCAAACAGGGCCAGACCACGCCCCCAAAGUGCAGGAAGAAGUACGCACUCACGAGCAUUCAGAGCGCGAUGGGACUCGGCGAAGGUGUGACGCCACCGCCGUCAUCUUCAGCAACUACUGCUAACCCUAAACUGGCCAAAAAUGGUGCGAAUCAGUUACGGAAAGCUGCGGAACGACAGGAUCACAACAAGAACACCACGGGAGAAGAUGAGGAUGGAAACACAGCUGGCGAAUCAGAGCUCAGCAUCGACGAUGAGCUGAGGAAUGUUGAGGAAUUAAGUCUAGACAGUGAGUCUAAUGCUGACGACGUUCACAGUGACUUUGACCAGAACAACAAGCUUGUUGACGAGGAAGUAGAUGAGUUAAUUGAUGAUGACACUAAUGAGGAGGAUCGUGUGGAGAAUUGUGACGACCUGCUCAUUCUGUCCGAGAAAACGGACAUUGUUUCAGAUAGGAAGUCGCCCGAGCAUAUUAAGACCAAGAGUUACCUGGAGUCAUGUCUGGAUGAGCUGUCAUACGAACUGUCUGACACCCAGGAUGAGGAUGUCACUAAGCCUUUGCUGGAGAAAGAGAUGACUCCCUGUCCCUCGUCUCCGAGGAAACUGCACAGCCCUGAAGACACGCCCCUCCUGUCUAUCGGCUCUUCGUCUUCCUCUUCCUCACCGGAGACGAAAAAAGACAGACCACGGACGGGAGCCAAGACAGACCGGGCACUAAACCGCAUCCAGAACCUUCCACACAGUGACGAGGAGUCCAGCUGGACCACGUUGUCACAGGACAGUGCAUCCCUGGGCUCACCAGAAGAGAGCGAUAUCUGGGGGGAGCACUCAUUUCAGACAGACCCUGAUUUGCCUCCAGGAUGGAAGAUGAUGACAGACAUGGCUGGGAUUUAUUACUGGCACAUUCCUACAGGCACUACACAGUGGGAGAGACCCGCCCCAUGCCAUCCGGUGCCAACUGGACCUAGCCAUGCCAGCCGCAAACACUCCCUGGGCUCCCUGUCACCCUCGCCCACUCCAGACCAUGAGUCAAUGUCUCACGCCGACGUGUUUUUCGGAGCAUCGAGUCGUUCAGGCAGCACCACUUCUGACAGCUCGUCUGACCCCGGCCCCAUCGCAUCUACUUCAUGUCUGGACCCUAUCCCUAUCCUGUCCUCAAACUCUUCCUCGUCCUCUGACGGCAAUGUUCCUUCCUGUGGAUUCGUCAACAGCUGCUACUUUCCUCGGUCCUCAUCCCUACAGAUAAUGCCAGAGAAGGAUAGACACUUUGAGGCACGCCAUCGGGAAGAGGACAAGAAACAGCCAUGGAGUGAUUUUGCAGUGGGAAAGAUUGAUAGUGAGAUCUGGAAGGAUCUACAGGCGGCCACCGUAAACCCUGACCCUAGUCUGAAAGAGUUUGAAGGCGCAACUCUCCGCUACGCCUCACUCAAGCUACAAAACCCUGCUCCUGUGGAAGAGGAAGAUUCCAGCAGCAUUAACAGUGACCCUGAAACCAAGUGCUUUGCUGUGCGCUCUCUCGGCUGGGUAGAGAUGGCUGAGGAGGAUUUGGCUCCGGGUAAAAGCAGCGUCGCUGUUAACAACUGCAUCCGUCAACUGUCCUACUGCAAGAAUGAUAUACGAGACACUGUGGGCAUCUGGGGAGAGGGGAAGGAUAUGUACCUCAUUUUGGAGAAUAACAUGCUGAAUCUGGUUGACCCGAUGGAUCGAAGCGUUCUACACUCUCAGCCAAUCGCAAGCAUCCGUGUGUGGGGCGUCGGGCGCGAUAAUGGAAGGGAUUUUGCAUAUGUAGCGCGAGAUAAGGACACCCGGAUAUUAAAAUGUCAUGUGUUCCGCUGUGACACCCCUGCCAAAGCCAUCGCCACCAGUCUGCACGAAAUCUGCUCCAGGAUCAUGGCAGAGCGCAAGAAUGCCAAAGCUAUGGCUGGAGGAUCACUACAGGACAGAACACAUUCUGGGCUCGACGUCCCGCUACAAGCAGAGUUCCCCACACCAAAGACUGAACUGGUGCAGAAGUUUCAGGUGUUAUAUGUUGGCAUGAUGCCAGUUGCCAGACCUAUAGGCAUGGACAUUCUCAACGGUGCAAUAGACAGUUUGAUGACAUCAUCAAUCCGAGAAGACUGGAUUCCUGUGAAACUGAAUGUAGCAGACGCAACAGUCACAGUCAUCAAAGAAAAGGAGGAAGAGGAGGUCCUAGUGGAGUGUCGUGUGCGUUUUCUGUCAUUCAUGGGAGUUGGGAAAGAUGUGCAUUCAUUUGCAUUCAUCAUGGACUCUGGGAACCAGCACUUUGAGUGUCAUGUGUUUUGGUGUGAUCCCAAUGCUGGCAGUGUGUCAGAGGCUGUUCAGGCAGCAUGCAUGUUGAGGUAUCAGAAGUGUCUGGUGGCACGGCCUCCGUCUCAGAAAGCCUGCUCACAGGCACCUCCUGCUGAUUCAGUCACACGCCGUGUCUCCACCAGCGUCAAACGUGGAGUUCUGUCCCUCAUCGACACGCUCAAACAGAAGAGACCGGUCACUGAGCUCAACCAGUGAUCUGACACACGAGCACGCACACUCACCGUCACGCUCUGCAUGCUUAUAACUAUCAGAAUGUCCUGUACGUACCUGUCCAGUCACAUGAUGGAGAUGAAGAAGAACUCGAGGGUGAAAACGGUCUGAAAGAAACCUGAAGAAACCUGCAAGAAAUUAUGAAAUGAGCGGAUGCCAAGAAAAUACACUGACAUACACUUAGUCCACUGUCUAAAAGCCUGUCUCUUCCAUCACCAGUAUGUCAGUCAUGUGUAUAUCUGCAUGGGAAGCCACGCCACUCCAGCAUGACUGAAACCAACAGGCUCCGCCCAUCUAUAAGAACCACCCUAUCUGGACAAAGCCUGCUUAAAGAGAUUUGUGCAAUUCAACCAGAACAAACACGGCUGCUACACUCAACAGAGCUUCUUCAUAACCGUUGCAUGACCAUAAGUGUGUGCGGGUGUGUAGAGGAGCUUGAUGCUGCUUCAUUUGCUAAAGGAUGUUCAUAAGUGUCAUAAAAGCUAUUUUUUGUAUCAUUCUUUAUCAUCCCGAGAGAAGAAUGGGUGGAUGAGAGGAACUGUGCUCUGUGUUCCAUUCAAAGUUGGAUGAUGGAUAUUCCUGCUUGAUAUGUUCUGACCAAGGUGCUCCAGUGUUCAGUGCUCAAAAGAUGAGGUGUAAAGAUGCGGUAACGCCAAUAUUUUGGUGACAUUUCAGUCCAUUGCUAAUUGUCAGUAGUGCAGCGACGUAUGAAGCACAACUUGCAUAAAAGUCACUUUCAUACCAAGCUACUACUGGUCAACACAGUAAAUUCAUAUUAACAAUUUGGAUACCUAUUGGAACAAAGACAAAUGUGACUGCAUCUUAAGGCAACAAAACAACACUACAUUAGCAGUGCAUCUGUUCAGUGUCAACAAUGAAGUCUUCUAGCAUCCAAAGGAUAAUAAAUGGCACAACGCAAUGCGCAAGUUGGAAGUUCGACUUCAAGUAAUGUUCCUCUGCACUUUUCAAUGUAGGAAAUUCAAUUUUUUUUUAGAUUAACGUUAUAGCUUUCACCAAAUGAUUUCGUUUUUUUCAAGAAUCUCUGCUGACACGUUCAUCUUCACCUGAAGUUGAUGAGGAGGCUUGGAAAAGAACAACAGACAUCCCAUAGACCUGCUCUGCAUUGACACAGCUGGAAGGACGACACCGGUUCAGUGUGUAGAUGUAAAGUUUGAAUGCGCUUUUUAUAUUUCCAAUGUGAAAUUGCCUUUUUUUUUUUUUUUGAAAGAGAAUGUUGUGGAAGAGAACUGAAUUACUCAUGGAGUGAAAUGCAGGAGGCGGGAAUAACUUUGCCUAGAGUAAGACAGUUCAAUCGUGUCAAUUCUGCUUUGAACCCCAGCGCACUGCUUGCUUCCUCCAGAGGCUCUCCAGUGACUGAAAGUCAAAAAUACCUGACUAAUAGGAACUAUCUCCAGCACAUCCAAGUUAGUGAAAAAUGUCUAUAAAGAGCUUUUUCAGUUCCAGCAUCUAUCCAUGGCUCCUCCGUGGCUCUACAUGUCCUGUUUGUGCUUCACAAAGGUUUUUUUUUUUUUUUUUACCUACUCUGGCGUACCACCUGUAGUCCUAGACUUACCCUUUCUUUCACAAGGGUUUUGAAGAGUCACUUAUGUGUGUACAUAUAGUAUCUAUAUAUAGCAAACAUAUCAUGAGGCUUUAUUUUUCAAAUUUCAGAAACUUAUUUGGUUUCUGUUUAUUUUGAUCAUACUUGCCUUGGCAUGUCUUUUGACCUCGUUUAUUCUGGCCAUACUGUAAAAAUAAUCAUGUAUGUGUUGUAGAUAAACCAAUUGAUAAAACAAAGAAAAGAAGAAGAGUGAAAGAUGGUAGAGAUUGUGAAUACAAAUUUAUUAAAUGGUCAUUUUUAGGAGAGCUAGCUCUAGGGGAGGAGAUGUGAACUUUUAAGUGUCUAUCUAUGCAUUCUUUUCGCUCUGAGGAAGAUUUGAGAGGAAAAAAAGACACAUUGCCUUGCAUGUCCUGCGACAAUUUAAGAAGAAAAACUGUACUGAACAGAAAUGAUAUUUUUUAUUUUAUUUAUUCUAUUUUAUAUCAGUAUAUAAUGGUUUCAUUGUGAUGUAUCAUAUGCUUAGACGUGUAUUGAACAACAAAUCAAACAAGAAAUGUCAAUUCAAAUCACUGUACAGUUACUCUGGUGACCCUCAAAGAGCCGUGUAUCUCAGAUGCUGACUGCCACCAUAACAUAACAUUUGAAAGGCCUUGUAGGACCUUUACAUUCUGCCCAAACCAACAUUAGACGUAGGUAUAGGUGAGUAUACAAUAUAUGUUCAAAAGUAUGUCUGGCUAUUUGACAAUUUCAUUUGCAACAGGUGCAUAAAAUCAAACAAUCUCCUUUUGGACGCUUCACUCACAUGAUCUAUUUAAAAAAAAUGUGGCACAAAACGUAGGCUCUCAAGACACAUUUCUAAGAGUUUUAUUUAUAUAGCGCUUUAUGCGAUACAGAUUGUUUUAAAGCAGAUUUUAUAUUAAAGCAGAUCUCAAAAGAUAAUCGUGAUUAUUUAGUUUAAAACAGCUCAUUGUUGAUUCAGUUUGGUUCAGUAACUGUGUAAAGUCCAUCAAUUAUAGCACGGUGUCAAAAACACGGUGCCCAUGCAUGAGAGACUAAGAAAACAAUGAGACGUGGCUAAUGCAUAUUAACAAUAGCAAAACAAUUAAAGAGUCUUGCAUUGAAACAUUUUAGCAUAAAAUACUAAGUAGGAUGUAUUAAGGCUGCACAAUUAAUCGAUGUAUAAUUGAUAUUUUAGGCUUAAUACUAUAGAAAAGCACUAAAAGUUUUUCAGUCAGAGUGUUUUCAGCUUGUUUAUUUUCUUAAAAAAAUACAGCACGCAGUUGCAUUAAACAAUGGUAUAAACCAUUCAGUGUAAAUUGAGAUAAAUGUUAUAAUUGCAAUUACAAUUUCAAGGGAAUAAUCAACAAUUAGGAUUUUUGUCAUAAUCGUGCAGCCCUAGGAUGUAUAUACUGUCCAAUUAAUGGUUUGUAUGAUUUAUAUUAUAUUAGACAUCCAUUUGGUCAUUAGUGUAUGUUCCAAAAUGUAAAUUUAAACUAAAUUACUCAACAGACACAUUCAUCAAGACAUUCAUUUUACCAAAAUUAGAGCACAUUAGUUUGGGCAGCAUGUAGAUGUUUAGGUAGCUCAACUAGAACCAUUACUCCUGUAUCCUGACCACACAAGGCCUCCGCGUUCACCCUGCAGCUUAUCAGAGUUUGAGAUGGUGAAACAAGUGUCAUCUGUAUAGAGUUGUUAAUAUGACCUGAUGCAAAUCAGUCUGCCUGGGUACUGCACCCCUUCAGUCCCCACCUCUUAUUAUCUGUUGCAGCUUUGAAGAAGUGCAUGAUGAUGAUGGGGUUUUUUUUUCAUGUGAAUUUCACUCUGUGAUGUCGGGUCUUACACAGCUCACCGUUUUCUUUUGAAUGAUUUUUGGGGAUUUUUUUUCACACUUUGUUUCAAAAUGAAUUCAGUGGCAACUGGCAAAGUCAGCUUUGAUGCGCAAAACCGGAAAGAGGGAGGAGGCUUAUGGGUAAUGUAGUCCAUUACAAUAGUUCAGCGUAGAAUCAUCAUUCUCAUGUUAGCCAAGA